AAACCGGAUGAAGGUCGCGCGCCCUCUUCCGCCCUUGUGCCGGUUCACAAAGACCCCUCUUCUAAGUGGGGUGGGUACGCGUCGUCCUUUUGCGCAGGCGCGCGGUGUGAGGUCCACGCUCGCCUCUAUGCCGGCAGGGCACGUCUCGCGGGUCCGCGCCUUGUAUCGGGGCAUCUUGCUGCUGCACCGGGGUCUGCCCCCAGACCUUAAAGCCCUUGGUGACCAGUACGUGAAGGACGAGUUUAGGAGGCAUAAGACCGUUGGUUCUGACGAGGCCCAGCGUUUCUUGCAGGAAUGGGAGGUGUAUGCAGCAGUGCUAUGGCAACAAACUAAUGAAAACAGACAAAAUUCAACAGAAAGAGUGUGUUUUGGAGUUGCCCUACCAGAAGAAAAACUUAAUGACUUUCGUGAUGAACAGAUUGGACAGUUGCAGGAGCUGAUGCAAGAAGCUACUAAACCUAACAGACAAUUUAGUAUUCCUGAAUCUAGGAAACCAGAAUUUUAGUCUAUACAAUAAAGCUUACACAUUUUAAGUUCAGAACCCCUUACCGGGUUUCUAAAAAUGUAUUUCUUCAGCUUUUAAGUUUUGUGAAUGCCUGGUGUUCAUGAAAUAUUCUUUAAUUUGGGGUUGUUAUUAAUGUUGUCUACAAUAUGUAGAUCAAUAUGGCUAGUAAACAAAGCUUUAUAUGAUUGAAGUAACAGUACUUGCUGGAUGGGAUUUGAUUUUUUAAGUACAUAAGAAGGAAUGACUUUAAAAUGACAAAGUUGUGGAAUUUUGCCCAAAGGUUUUUUUGUAUGUAAAUUUAAUUCUGUUCUUGUUCAAGCAUUAGCCUCAUGGCUUUAGCUUCAACAGACAAGUAUGUUAUGAUAAUGACAGAUGUGGAGUUCCAACAAGGUUAUUAUUUACAUACAUGGAUUGUCAUCCUGAAAGUUUCUUCCUUUCUCUUUUAAUAAUACAUGUAUGAUUAUUCACGUAAAUAUGCCUUCUCCCUGAGUCACUAUUUAUAUACAAUGAAAGAUUAAAAAGAAGCUUAAAGAGUCAGUAUUAUACACUGUAUAAUCUAUCAUGCAAAUGAUAGUAUAAUGUUUGUACAGUGUUUGGUAGUAACAAAUGACCCCUUAAAUUAUGUAAUUUAUAGUUACCUUGAGAAUCUCAUUUAUUGCCUCAUCAUUGGGGAGAUAAAAACACUUUCAUAAAUUUGUCAUAAGUUAUAAACUGAAAUAAUCAAGUGGUAAUCCCAUUCAUGUGCUUAAAAUGUUUAAUUUUUUAAAAAUUACACACUUGUGGGGCACCUGGGUGGGUCAGUCAGUUAAGUGUCCAACUUCGGCUCAGGUUAUGAUCUCACGGUUCAUGGGUUCGGGCCCUGUGUCACAC